GUACUUUGAUUCGUUCGUUCGUCGGUGUGUGGAAUCGAAUCGAACUCAAUCUCGCCGACUACGCGCCGAUAUUUUUCAUUUCUUAUUUCAUUCACACACAUUGUCGAAUUCGGCGGAUCAUUUUGUAGAUAACGAUACGUAGUCAUAUCUUUCAUAAUAAGCAGCUUUACAAAAAAAUAAUUCAUUACCCAUUUCUCUUUUACACGGUGAAGAUGAAUCCUAUUACUCAGAUUGUUCGAGCCUCCCGACCCAUCUACAAGGGGCUCUCCACAUCAGCCUCACUUUCUGCUGCAAAACCAAUUCCAACAACUGGCUACUGUUUUGAGUUGAACGAUGAACAGAAAGCCCUGCAGGACCUGGCACGUAAAUUUACGAAGGAAGAAAUCAUUCCUAAUGCGGCGCACUACGACAAGACCGGGGAGUACCCUUGGCCUAUCGUGAAGAAGGCAUGGUCUGUCGGUCUAAUGAACAGCCACAUACCUGAACAUUGCGGUGGUAUGAAUUUAGGGGUGUUUGACCAAUGUCUGGUGGCAGAAGAAAUUGCUUACGGGUGCACUGGCAUAAUGACGGCCAUGGAAGCAAGUGGUCUUGGUCAAGCGCCCGUAAUUUUGGCCGGAUCCAAGGAACAACAGAAAAAGUACCUCGGCAGACUGAUUGAAGAACCGUUAGUUGCUGCUUACUGUGUGACUGAGCCCGUGGCGGGGUCAGACGUGGCGGGCAUCAAGACCAAGGCAGAGAAGAAGGGUGACGAAUGGAUUCUCAACGGCCAGAAGAUGUGGAUCACCAACGGUGGAGUUGCUAACUGGUACUUCGUAUUGGCACGCACCAACCCUGACCCCAAAUGCCCAGCCAGCAAAGCCUUCACUGGCUUCAUCGUGGAGAGGGAAUGGCCGGGCGUCACUCCUGGGCGUAAGGAACAAAACAUGGGUCAACGCGCGUCGGACACCCGCGGCAUCACAUUCGAAGACGUGCGCAUCCCCAAGGAGAACGUUCUCAUCGGAGAAGGCGCCGGCUUCAAGAUCGCCAUGGGCUGCUUCGACAAAACUCGCCCUCCGGUGGGCGCUGGCGCCACCGGUCUCGCUAACCGCGCCCUCAACGAAGCGACCAAGUACUCGCUGGAGCGCAAGACUUUCGGCGUGCCGAUCGCCCACCACCAGGCGGUCGCCUUCACCCUCGCCGACAUGGCGGUCGGCGUCGAGACCGCGAGGCUGGCUUGGAUGAGGGCCGCUUGGAUGGUCGACCACGGUCAAAAGAACACAGUGCUGGCGUCGGUGGCUAAGCUUCACGCUUCGGAAAUCGCCAACAAAGCGGCGACUGACGCCGUCCAGAUCUUCGGCGGCAACGGCUUCAACCAGGAAUACCCGGUGGAGAAGCUCAUGAGAGAUGCCAAAAUCUACCAGAUUUACGAAGGCACCUCCCAAAUCCAACGACUGAUCAUCUCCAGGGAAAUUUUGAACGCAGCCAAACAGAGCAAUGCUUAAUUGUUAAUAAAAUUCGGCCGAGCCGAUUUAUAUACGAUACCGCUCCCACGCGGCAAAAUUGUGUUCAUUUAAAUAUGAGCUUUAUAACCACCUCAAUAAAUACACUUUACAUUGACAAAAAUAAGCGGCUACCCGCUGUCGACUCGCUUACAGUACUCUCGUGUUGUGUAAUGUAAAGUAUGCCUAUAGAGGAUGCUUUAAAGCUCACAUUCAAUGUAGGUUAUUUUGGUUGGGUUAAGGUUUAAUACAAUCGUCUAUGACCGUAUCUGGCCUCUUCUAUCUAAGUCUCGCUCAUAAAAAUGAACGCAGCGUUUGCCCUGUUAUACAUAGUGCAAUAUUAUUUGGAUUUACUUGUAUAUUUUCAGAUUUCUUAAAUCUGGUUGAUUUAGAUUUCUAAAACAAAUCUUGAAGAAAUAUAGAUGUAAAAAACUAUAGUAGGACACUGAUUAUGACUGAGCUGCAAAUUUUGGGGAAUUUUGGUACAUAGAUUACGAACAUCGAGUACAUACAUGUUCGUAAUCUAUAUAUCAUUUGUUUUUUUUUUAAUCGCUUUGUGUUAAAUAAAAAUAUGGCAACUUUUGCAAAAAGAACCGAUGCUAAAUUACUUUAAAAACGUAAUCAGCGCCCCAUAAUCUAUUCAAAUUAAUCAACCAAAACUGUUAAAGGAAAACUAUUGCAAGCCCGUGAUAUUUAAAUAAUUUCAUGCAUAGUAUUAUUAUUGAACUCAUACUAUUUAGUUUAUUGGCUUCACAUCAAAAGUAUAUCAAUGGCAAUAUUGUUUUAGCGAUUUAUUGAGGGCUGGGCACGCCGGGCAGUGUCUUUGUCUAUUCAGAUUCAGAUGUCCAUUCUAUGAUGGCACUUUAUUAAUAAAUGUAAAUGCCAAACCAGAAAACAUCAUCUAUAGAUGAUUUUGUCCAUUCUUAAAAUAUGCAUAGGUAUUUGCAAGUUACUGACAAUAAAUUUGCAUAUUAAUACUGAAUCAGUUUUACAUGAAAUCGAUAUACUUCCAAUUCUAAUGGGGAAGGGGAUGAAAACAGUUUUUUAUAUUUUAUUAGAUGGAAACUGUCUUAUAUAGUUUUCUGUCAAUAUUAAUUAUGAAGUUGUGUUUGUUAAGGAUGUUAUAUUUAGUUAAGUGUGAUUGUAAUACUGUUCGCAUUGAGAUUUGCAUGAAUUAUGCUAUAUAUGUACACACAAUACAAAACGCCAAAUGUUGGUAUGGUCAUUAGUUCUGUAUAUCGGAUUUUAUGUUAAUCAAAAUAACGAUACUUAAUGUAGUCUUUAUGCAAGAGUUGUGACAAUAAACUGUAUUAAUAUA